CGAACGGCGCUGACGGGCUGUAGACGGCGGGAGCCGGGGCGGAGAGAACCGGUGACUGCCUGGUCCGGAGCGGAGCGCUGGGGAGGCAGGAGUCAUGAUGGGCGAGGUUCAUUUAGAAAUCAAUGUUCCAGCAGUCAUUUCACAAGAAGAAGCAGACAGUCCUUCAGAUAGUGGACAGGGCAGCUGUGAAACAACUGGGCCCUUAAGUGAAGGAGAUUCAGAUGAAGAGAUAUUUGUGAGUAAGAAAUUGAAAAACAGGAAGGCACUACAAGACAGUGAUUUUGAAACAGAUGACAUACAUGCCUCUCCGGAGAAAACUACCUAUGACAGUGCUGAGGAAGAAAAUAAAGAGAACUUUUACGCUGGGAAAAAAGCAAAAAUUAAAAGGAUUUACAAAACUCUGGCAGACAGCGAUGAAAGUGACAUAGAGAAGUCUUUGUAUCAGGAAAAUCUUGAAACCCAAGUGACACCUUGCUUAGAGCUGAGUCUGCAGUCUGAAAAUUGUCUGGACUUUACCAUUGACAGAAACAGUUCCAAAAAACCCAUUUGUGCUAAAGAAGGAACUGGAGGAAGAGCAAAAGUAAAAUCAAAGAGAAGAGUUGAGAAAGAGGAGAGAAAAAUGGAAAAAAUUAGGCAGCUAAAAAAGAAGGAAACAAAACACGAGGAAGAUGACAUGGAACAGCCAUUUAAUGACAGUGGCUGUCUUCUUGUGGAUAAAGACCUUUUUGAAACUGGGUUGGAGGAGGAAAAUAACUCUUCAUUGGAAGAUGAAGAGUCAUUAGAAUCAAUAAGGGCAGCUGUGAAAAACAAAAUAAAAAAGCACAAGAAAAAGGAACUGUCUUUGGAGAGUGGGGUCUGUUCAUUUGAAGAAGAAAGUGAGUUAUCAAAAGGCACCGCAAGGAAGGAAAGAAAAGCAGCCAAAUUAAGUAAGGAAGCAUUAAAAAAACUACAUAGUGAGACUCAGCGCCUUAUUCGAGAGUCUGCACUGAAUCUUCCAUAUCAUAUGCCUGAGAAUAAAACCAUUCAUGAUUUCUUCAAACGUAAACCCCGGCCCAUUUGCCAGGGAAAUGCCAUGGCGCUACUGAAGUCAUCUAAGUAUCAGUCAAGCCAUCACAAAGAAAUCAUAGACACUGCAAGUACAACUGAAAUGAACAGUGCCAAUGGCAAAGGUUCUGAGCAGACAACAGGUGCAGAAAAUGAAGUGGAAAUUAACGCACUCCCUGGGGUUUCAAAGAAACCUCAGAACAUUACUGGAUCAGAUGAGUCUUGCAAUAAGGAUUUGGUGAGAAGUGAAGAGCUAGAAAUUCAGGUGAAAGAGACUCAGAGUGAUGCUAGAACUUCACCUGGUGACAGCUCAGUAUGGCAACAGGAAUCCUGCUUCCUGGGGAACGAGUGCAGUGAGGAGUAUCAGGCUGGAGGGCUUGUGACAUCUGAACCUCAUACCCCGGAGGGUGAAGAAGGCCUGGAAAAAAUAGAAGAAAGAGAUGAGAAAGUGGAAGAGCCCAGGCAGCAAACUAAGUCAUCAGCAGUUGUGCCCCUUGAAAAACCAAGAAGGUUUACUCUGGAUAGACUUAAGCAACUGGGAGUAGAUGUUUCCAUUAAACCUCGGCUGGGUGCUGAUGAAGACUCCUUUGUGAUACUUGAAGAACCUGAAACAAACAGAGAACUGGAAGCCUUGAAGCAGCGUUUCUGGAAGCAUGCUAAUCCAGCAGCCAAACCCAGAGCUGGUCAGACGGUAAAUGUGAACGUCAUAGUGAAAAACGUGGGCACUGACGGAAAGGAAGAGCUAAAGGCAGAUGUGGUGCCUGUGACUUUGGCAGCAGAGAAGCUGGAUGGAGCAAGCCACACAAAACCAGGUGAAAAGCUUCAGGUGCUAAAAGCCAAACUUCAAGAAGCAAUGAAACUCCGAAGGUUUGAGGAACGCCAAAAGCGCCAAGCAUUAUUUAAAUUAGAUAAUGAAGAUGGGUUUGAGGAAGAGGAGGAGGAAGAAGAAAUGACUGAGGAAUCUGAGGAAGAUGGAGAAGAGGAGGUAGAGAAAGAAGAGGAGGAAGAGGAAGAACUAGAAGAAGAGGAGGUGAAAGAAGAGGGAGAAGACGAAGGCAAUCCGGAGAUUGCAGAACUCCUUCUUAGUAGUGAAGAAACAGAAACCAAAGAUGAAAAAGAAAUGGAUAAAGAAAAUAAUGAUGGCAGUAGUAAAAUUGGCAAGUCAGUUGGCUUUCUGUCUGUUCCGAAGCCUCUCUCAUCAGAUUCUACCCUACUUCUAUUUAAGGACAACUCUUCCAAGAUGGGUUACUUUCCUACUGAAGAAAAAUCAGAAACAGAUGAAAACUCAGGCAAACAGCCUAGCAAACUGGAUGAAGAUGAUUCAUGUUCAUUGCUAACAAAGGAGAGCAGCCACAAUAGCAGCUUUGAGCUGAUUGGCUCCACGAUUCCAUCCUAUCAGCCUUGCAACAGACAAACAGGCCGUGGGACCAGUUUUUUCCCUACAGCAGGAGGAUUCAGAUCUCCUUCCCCGGGGCUAUUUCGAGCCAGUUUGGUCAGCUCAGCUUCUAAGAGUUCAGGGAAACUGUCUGAGCCUUCACUUCCCAUAGAGGAUUCCCAGGAUCUGUAUAACGCCUCCCCAGAACCUAAGACACUUUUCCUAGGAGCAGGAGACUUCCAGUUCUGUUUAGAAGAUGACACUCAGAGCCAACUGUUGGAUGCAGAUGGGUUCUUAAAUGUUAGAAACCACAGGGAUCAAUACCAAGCUUUGAAGCCUCGAUUGCCGUUGGCCAGUAUGGAUGAGAAUGCCAUGGAUGCCAACAUGGAUGAGCUAUUGGAUUUGUGUACUGGAAAGUUUACGUCUCAGGCUGAAAAACGUCUACCCAGGAAGAAUGACAAGAAAGAGAACAUGGAGGAACUUCUGAAUCUUUGUUCAGGAAAAUUCACUUCUCAGGAUGCCUUCACCCCGGCUCUAUCAGAGUUAAAUAAGCAGGAGAAGGAGAGCAGCCUGGAUGAUCCAAUGGAAGAAGCACUUGCUCUUUGUUCAGGCUCUUUCCCAACAGACAGGGAAGAAGGUGAAGAGGAGGAAUUUGGAGACUUUCGGCUUGUUCCAAAUGAUAAUGAGUUUGAUAGUGAUGAGGAUGAACACAGUGACUCUGGGAAUGAAGAUCUAGGACUGGAAGACCAUGAAGAAGAUGAUGAAGAAGAACUCCUAAAGCAAUCUGAGAGGUUGAAAAGGCAAAUGAGAUUGAAGAAAUACUUGGAGGAUGAGGCAGAGGUGUCAGGAAGUGAUGUGGGAAGUGAAGAUGAGUACGAUGGGGAAGAGAUUGAUGAAUAUGAAGAGGACGUAAUUGAUGAAGUACUUCCUUCCGAUGAGGAAUUACAGAGUCAAAUCAAGAAAAUACAUAUGAAAACCAUGUUGGAUGAUGAUAAGCGACAGUUACGUUUAUACCAAGAGCGGUACCUUGCUGAUGGGGAUCUGCACAGCGAUGGUCCUGGGCGAAUGAGGAAAUUCCGAUGGAAAAACAUAGAUGACGCUUCCCAGAUGGAUUUGUUCCACAGAGAUUCUGAUGAUGAUCAGAUCGAAGAACAGCUUGAUGAGACAGAAGCCAGAUGGAGGAAGGAACGAAUUGAACGAGAGCAGUGGCUUCGGGACCAGGCACAGCAGGGGAAAAUUACAGCUGAAGAAGAAGAAAUUGGGGAAGACAGUCAGUUUAUGAUGCUAGCCAAAAAAGUUACAGCCAAAGCACUGCAGAAGAAUGCCAGUCGCCCUGUGGUUACUCAGGAAUCAGAGUCUUUACUCAGAAACCCUUUUGAAGCCAUUAGACCGGGAAGUGCUCAUCAGCUCAAGACAGGCUCACUGCUAAACCAACCCAAAGCUGUGCUUCAGAAACUGGCUGCCCUUUCUGACCUCAACCCCUCUGCUCCCCGAAAUUCAAGAAAUUUUGUCUUUCAUACACUUUCUCCUGUUAAGACUGAGGUGGCAAAGGAAUCAUCUAAACCUCAGGUAAAAAGAAGGGGUCCAUCUUUAAUGACAUCCUCUUCACCUAAGCGCCCCAAAACAGAUGAAAGCACUUCAAGAUUGAAACAAAGCAUCUUCAAAUUCUUGGAAAGCUAACACCAUCAAGGCUGCCAGCAUCUAAGUUGAGACUGUUUUGAGAAAUUUCUGGCAUUGGAAGAUGGAACUGACAUGUUGAUGGUCCCUCCUUCUUUCAUAAUCAAUGCAUUAAGACUGUGGAUUCCAGUUCUUUCUACUGCACAGCUCUGGACAUCUUUCCUUUCCUAGUAUUAUUUCCUGGGUUGGUCACUAAUCAUAAUUCUGCAGUGUUUACAACACCGACUCAUGGAAUACUUGGGUGGAGUUUCACUUCCUCCAUUAAACAUUUGACAUCUUAUGCUAGCAUUCCUGGAUUGAUAUCUCCUUGUGACAAAGGUGGUUGGAGAAAGACGAGGGAAAAGUAUUACGUUAUAGAAGAUUACAGAAAACAGUUAAAGUCAGUACCAUAAUGACUCCUUCAUACCCAUAAGAUCCAUACCUUGGUGACCAGGACCCAGUGAAGGAGAGACUUCUUAUAUGGAGGACCUAGGAACCAACAGAUGGGCUGUUAUAUUAGUCUUGCUCUCCAUUUUCCUGUAUGCUUCCUUCCAAGGCAGUCUCAAAUUCCUAAUUAAAUUUUGUUGCUUAAUAAGGACUUAAACUGGUACACAAGUCAGAAAGACCUUGGCCCUAAUUUUCUGGAGCAUGGAGAGGAAGAUAAAUGGUCACACCCAGUGUUUGUCCAUGUUAGUUUGUUGAGUAGAGAGACCUUUCCUGGGACUAAAUUCUCAAUUCGAAACACUGUUGCUCAAGGACCUCCCUUCUCAGUCUGGCAAGAAGAAACAUAACCAUUAUUUAUUGCAUUUUCCUGGUGUGGGUACAUUGUUCUGACUAGUUAAGGGACAUUUUAGUAUUUCAUUACUAAUUUUGAGAGAAAACCAUCACAGAUUUUAAUAAAAAUAUUGUUGAGAAUUGCCAUCAUUCUCCAUUUUCCCUGAACACCACAAGGCUUUCAGAAUUUUGGACAAGUUCCUACCCCGCCCCGCCCCUGAACUGAGCAUCAGUGCUGUUUUGGAAAAAACGCUGUUUGUGAAUGUUGUGGGUUCAGUGUCAGGAGAUGGACUUGGGGAUUUGGAUGGUAUUAUGCCAGUUUUGUAUUGGGAAAUGGGGAACACCAAUUUUACUGAUGAAUUUAGAUUAUAGGUUUUCUACAGGUUUUUCUAAUACUCUGCUGACUUUGACAGAACUCAUGUUUGUAUAUUUGUAAUAUUGUAAUGGGGAAAAUGUAUAAAAAUGUUUUAAUAUGUAUGUUGUUUUUCAAUAAAUCUCAAUGCCUUGAAGGGAGGAUUUGGAAUCUAGCUUGAAUGCCCAUUCUUAGGUCAGUGCCUAUCUAAUGUUGAGGAGUAUUUCAUUUUCAGGGUAUCUCCCUCCAAGGGAAAUCCUCUGGGUCUAGAGGGACAGGCUGCUGCGGUUCUCCUUUCACUGGCAUCUCAGCCCCAAUGAAUGGAUCAAAUUAACUUACCAAGUGGUUUGGGUUCAAUGUUAAGUAAGGGG